AUGAGGAGCCCACGAACCUUCCUUAACCUCACGUCUCAUACGUGGUUUUGGAAUCUCAUUCGAAAUGAUUUCCAGACUGGGAGUAUUAAUUUAGAAGGUUGCAAGAGGCUGCUUGAUAAACUGAAAAUAAAGUUUCGUGAUGACCAUUUAAGACAUAUUUACAAGAAAACCACUGACAAACAGCCAGGAGAAAUAAUUACUAUGGAGGACUUCAGAGCAAUUUAUCGAGCUCUUGUGCACAGACCUGAAUUUGAAGAACUAUUCAAGGCUUACUCAACAGAUGGCAACAUUCUACCUGAUGGCCAGCUCCUGAAAUUUCUUGCAAAAGAACAAUUUCAAACUGAAGCUAAUGAAAUAACUGCCUUAGAAAUUAUUAUGAAGUAUGAACCAGUUGAUGAAGUGAGGGAGAAAAGGCAGUUGACAUUUGAAGGAUUUAUAAGGUACCUGAACUCAGACGACUGUUCAAUAUUUAAAAGCCAGAACAGGAGAGUCUACCAAGACAUGACCCAGCCAUUGUGUGACUAUUUUAUUUCAUCUUCUCACAACACCUACUUGACAGGUGACCAACUAGUGGGAGCCAGUGAUUUGUGGGGAUAUACCAGGGCUCUCUUAAAAGGAUGUCGUUGCCUGGAGAUUGACUGCUGGGAUGGCAACAACAAUGAACCUAUUGUGUAUCAUGGUCGCACUUUAACAAGCAGAAUCCCAUUUCGUUCUGUAGUUCACGUGAUUGACAAGUAUGCAUUUAAGGCAUCUGACUAUCCACUUGUGCUGUCUUUGGAGAACCACUGCAGCCCUAAACAGCAAGAAGUGAUGGCAAGCUGCUUGAAAAUCAUUCUAGGUGACAAACUUCUUUCUGCACCACUUGGUGGUGAGGUAGAGAUGGCACAUCUGCCUUCUCCUGAGGCAUUAAAAAACAAAGUUCUGGUAAAAAAUAAAAAAGUUGGAACACUUGAGCAAAGCAUGCUCAGGAUGGAGGAGGACUAUACUGGUGAGGCAGUGGAAGUGUCUGACUCGGAGACUGACUCUGAGGACGAGGACAUGGAGGAUAUGCCACCUUCUCGAUCCAGGAGUUCUGCCAAAAGAAAAGCAGAUCAUAGGUCUUCACCCUCACCUCAAAAAAAACCCAAGGUGAGGAGGAGAAAGAUUGCCCUUGCAUUGUCAGACCUUGUGGUUUAUACCAAAUCUCAGAAGUUUGUGAGCUUUGAGUAUUCCCAGCAGCAUCAGCAGUGCUACGAAAAUAAUUCCAUCAAAGAGUCUCACGCACGAAGACUUGCAAAAGUUUCAGCUAAACAGUUUGUUUCACAUACUACAAGAUUUAUUACAAGAAUUUACCCCAGGGGAGCAAGAGCGAGCUCUUCAAAUUAUAAUCCUCAAGAGUUCUGGAAUUUAGGGUGCCAAAUGGUGGCCUUAAACUUCCAAACACCGGGCACACACAUGGAAUUGCAAGAUGGAAAAUUCCAGGACAAUGGUGGUUGUGGCUAUGUGCUGAAACCUGCAUUCUUGAGGGAUCCCAAUACCACGUUUACACCCCGAAAUGUGGGAGCACACAGCAGACCAAUGUCUCUGUCAAUAAGGCUGAUCAGUGGUUAUCAGUUACCACCCAGUCCCAUGUCGAAGACCAACAAAGCUGACCCCACGGUGCAGAUAGAAAUCUUUGGUGUGCCAGAGGAUCAAACAAGAAAGAGAUCUAGUGUCGUAAAAAGCAAUGCUUUGUGCCCUAAAUGGAACGAAACCUUCUGUUUCAACAUCCAAGUUCCAGAGCUGGCAAUGAUACGCUUCUGUGUGGAGGACGAGGUGUCUCUGGUCAACAAAGAUUUCCUUGGCCAAUACACUUUACCUGUGACAUGCCUGAGCACAGGUUACCGUAACAUUCCGCUGAUAUCCAAAGAAGGAACCUUGCUGGAAUGUGCAUCGCUGUUUGCUCAUGUCUGGUACUAUUAGUGAUGUUCUGCAGAAGAAAUUGUUCUGGGGGAUUGUCCCCUGCUUCAAUAAAGUAGCAUUUCUGCCUUUGCAACAGCCCAGUAGCCUGAUUCCCAGACUGGCACAUUCUCAAGGAUUUUAUGAAGCCAGUAAGACUUCUAUGGAAGGGGUGUCCUGGAUAAGGGUACUGUCCUUCACCCUACUGCUAUUUUCUGUAGCAGAACACUGGGUUUCAGAAAACCUAAAGAGCUUUGAAAUGCACAAGUGUUGGAAAAUCCCAGCUCUACAGAGAUAGGCUAACUGAGAGGUGUUUUAAAAGAUUUUAUUCCAUUAUCAGUCUCGUAGAAGGGUGAGACAUAAGAGAUGUAAAACUCAACACCAUUCCAUCAGAAGCCACCCUAUUUUCUGCUUACAAAACCUUAUAGAUGUUUUUCAGCCUAUUAGCUUUUGCCAGAUAAAACCUGGUUUGAUGCUGAGAAAAACUCCAGCUUAUUUAAUUUCCUAGCUAACAGUCCAAGUCCCACUUCAGCAGCUUCAUGCAGCUUUAUAUUCAGAAGACUGAUUUGUGGGCGUCCUUUGGGAGAAGAAGGCAAUUACCUUCACUUCUAGGAUUAUUACCCCUCUGUUGACCACUUUCCACCUGGUAGGAGAAAUGUCUGAUCUGGUAUAAAAUGUCAGUAUAGGGUAAAAAAAAAAAAAAAAUUAAAAUUAUUCUAGAAACUUAUAAAAAAUCUGAUCUGCUGUACAUGAAAAAAAAAUUAAAAUUUACAGCAGAUCAGACCACAAAUCAACACAUCUCCUGUGCCUUAAAAAUGUGCCCCUGGCCCUGGAAAGGUUUAUUUACAUGGUCAGUGGGUCUGGCAAUAAUGGACAGUUCACUGUGGCUGCUCACAUGCCAAAUGCUUAAAGAUGUGAUUAAGUGCUUCCUCAAAUUAGCGAAAAACAGAGCCCAUAAUUAGCAUCUGUGUACUUAAAGGAACCACUCAUGUUCAUUAUUUAAUAUAUAAACAUAUAUUUUAUAGCCCUGAGGU